CGACACUUCACACUUUCCUGUAACUUCACAACCUGCCAACUGAGUCCCCUCCCCGGCACCAUGUGACUACCCUGGCCCCGCCCACUCACCCCUAUUUGACGCCCAGUAACAGCACCUGAGCGGCUCCGUGUGACAGGGCAGAGCGAUGGCGGCCGAACAGCAACCGGAGCUGCAGGGUCUGAGCGAUGAGGCGGCCUAUAGUCUGUGCAGCGACCCGCACCCCCUCACUAAGGAUUUUAUGCUACAACAGACGAUGCUCCGGAUAAAAGACCCCAAAAAGUCCUUGGAAUUUUACACAAAUGUUCUAGGAAUGACCCUCCUUCAGAAAUUUGACUUCCCAUCUAUGAAAUUCUCGCUCUACUUCAUGGCCUACGAGGACAAGAAGGAUAUCCCGGCGGACGUGAAUGAGAGAACGGCCUGGACAUUUUCGCGGAAGGCGACGCUCGAGCUCACACACAACUGGGGAACAGAAAAUGACGAGAAGCCGUAUCACAAUGGCAACUCCGACCCCCGGGGAUUUGGGCACAUUGGCCUGGCAGUGCCAGAUGUCUACGCUGCCUGUAAGAGAUUUGAGGAACUCGGCGUCACCUUUGUAAAGAAACCAGAUGAUGGCAAAAUGAAAGGAUUGGCCUUCAUUCAAGACCCUGACGGAUACUGGAUCGAGAUUCUCAGCCCCAAUACCAUGCUGUCUAUCAUCUAACGGCAAUAAUAUGGCGGCUGUUUGGCGCAUACAGAAAGUGUUCAUUUCCGUGAGGAAUUUUAGAAAUAAAUAAUGUUUAUUAUGCGCUUAUUCUCCUUUCCCUGAAAUGCUUCUCACCAAGCUGCUUCCCUGUUACUCCUGGAGCAGGAGUGGCACGACCCCGGCCUCCCUAAUUACCCCCUGACCCUCAUGGGGUAACGGUUUAGGCGGCUGGAUUGCCAGACCUGCUCCAGAAAUUAGCACAGAGCCACUAGUGGCACAAACAGAAAGUGUGUUUAUUUUUUCCUUGGAAUAGACAAGUAUUUACCCUAUUUUGGGCAAUUUUUUGGCUGUUCACUUUAACCUUUAAUAUGUUAGAGAAUGGGUAAUUCUAAGCACCUUUUCAAUUGGUCUUUUGCUUCCAACUCUUUGCAGCAUUCAAAUAGGGGUCACUGACCCCGGCAGCCAAAACCUAUUGCUCUGUGAGGCUCCAGUUUUAUUAUUACUUAUCUUUCUAUGCAGUCCAUCCCCUAUUCAUAUUUUCAUCUCAUAUAAACCACUGCCUGAUUGCUAUUGUCAAUAAGACCCUAGCAACCAGAUAGCUGCUAAAAUACCACACGGAGAGCUGCUGAACAAAAAGCUAAAUAACUGAAAAAACAUAAGAAAUGGAGACCAAUGGCAAAUUGUUUCAGGAUAUCAAUGUCUACAUCAUAUUUAAAGUUAAUUUAAAAGUGAACUAUCCCUUUACUGUAAGUGCUGGGGUGACAGCCAGUCAGAUCUGACAAACAGGCCACACAUUGGCUGAUUUGGCUACAUCCAACCAAUUCCUAUGGACAAUGUAUUCUUGGGGUAUUUGGCUGCAUUCUGGGAACCCUGCAGCCCACACUGCCAGCCCAUUGGAUAGAACCAAACCAUGCCCGGUGCAGCCAGCUAUAUCACUAAAGAGUAUAACUUUGCACAUGUUCUAGUGAAUACACUACCAUUUCCCAGUAGGGGGGGCUGUUUGGCUGCACUACCAUGGGAUCCAAUAAGAACGCAGUCAGUCUAUCAGCUAUAAAUCCCUCUAUAAUCAUGGCAGCAGUUCUUUCAGUGGUUCCCUCGAGGCGCACAGUAUAGGGGGACCCCACCCCGAGCAUCCUGGGUGGGUCACAUUUAACUUUUAGUAUAUUAUAAAAUGCCCCAUUCUAAGCAACUUUUAAAUUGGUCUUCAUUAUUUAUAUUUUUUUAAUUAUUUCCCUUCUUCUUCUGACACUUUGCAGCUUUCAAAUGGGGGUCACUGACCCCGGCAGCCAAUAAAUUACUGCUAUGUGAGGCUCCAGUUUUAGUGGUACUUUAUAUAACUUUUUUUAUAUUCAGGUUUUCUCCUAUAAAUAAAUGUAGUUUCUCAUUCAAACCACUGCCUGGUUGCUAAGGUAAUAUGGGCCAUAGCAACCAAAUAGCUGCUGAAACGCCAAACUGGAGAGCUGCUGAACAAAAAUUGAAAAACUAUAAAUAAAAAAUGAAGACCAAUUGCAAAUUAACUCAAAGAUGAACAACCCCUUUAAUGUGACUUUCUCCCUCUUGUGUUACAUGGGUGAUUGUCCCUUUAAUAUCUGCAUUUCUGUGUGGUCCCUGGGGGCAAAUGUACAGCCACUGGUAUAUAAAGUGUUAAUACCAACCUUUCCACUCUCUGCCAUCCAUUUACAGCACUGUGGGAAAAUUACCGCACCCCAGUAUUACUGAAUUUGAUGGUAUUGCCGUAUAGCGUGAUAUUACAAUUAGUGCCUUCGUUAGGAACCAGUGUUAAACCUUGAUUGACUGAGAUCAUGUGAUCAAAUUGGAUUUUUUUAUGCCAAAUAAAAGGUUUAAUACAAA